AUGCCUCGUUUGAUAGCUACUCAAUCACAUGUGGUGCAUGGUUAUGUUGGUAACAAGGCAGCCACUUUUCCUUUACAGUGUCUAGGAUGGGAUGUGGAUUGUUGCAAUACAGUCCAAUUUUCGAAUCAUACCGGCUAUGGUAUGGAUAAAGUAUUUGGCAGUAUAACAGACCAUGAAACAAUGAAAAAACUACUGAGUGGCCUUUUUAGGAAUUUUCCUCACGAUUAUGAUGGACUUCUUUCUGGGUAUCUGCCGAACAAGGAUUGUGUUGAAGUAGUUGGUUCACAUUAUACUAAUUAUAAAAAAUCAAACCCUAAAUCAAUUUGGCUCAUGGAUCCCGUUAUGGGAGAUGAAGGUAAGAUGUACGUUAACGAUGAUGUUAUUCCUGAAUAUAGAAAAUUGGCAUUAUCUGGCAUUGUCGAUAUAAUAACACCAAAUCAAUUUGAACUAGAAAUUUUAUGUGGUGAAAAAAUUUCUUCAAAGGAAGAUCUGAAAUCUGCUCUGAAAUCCUUACAUCAAAGUAUUCCUGUAAUUAUUGUCACUUCAUGUGACGCUAAAAUAUUUGAUGAUGAGGGUUUCAUUUAUUGUGUUGCCUCGAUGCGGGAUAAAGAUGCAAUUAUUUACCGCAUACCUCAAAUUCAAUCUUAUUUUACCGGCGUUGGUGACUUAUUUUCAGCACUACUGUUAGAUAGAAUCCAUAAAUUGCUAAUCAGCGACAAAGAAAGUGAUUUAAAGUUCGAAGAACAGGUUAAUGAAGUUAUAACAGUUGUUCAAAAAGUGUUACAUGUUACAAGAAGCUUUGCUUCAAAGGCAACAGUGGCUAAAAUGGGAGUCGUGGAGGGGAUGAAAGAAAUGGAACUAAGGAUCAUAGAGAGCAAAGAUCUUUAUGGUUUUUCCACAAAGGUUACCAAUGAUUCGUCAUCUGUAUGUGUUGAAAAAUAUAUUUAUAAAAAGUUAUAG